AUGGCUCGAAAGAAAGUCGAUCGCAAGAAGAAGACCGCCGCUACUUCCUUGAAGAAAGAGGAAACUACCAGCAAGUCUAAAACCAAUGGCAAGACGAAAGAACCUGCCAGCAGGAGUCAUCGUCCUUCAGCCGCCGCCACGGCGAAGAAGAAGAAUGUUGUCGUCAAGCACACCAAAACGAACCAAACUACAAUAAAAAAGGAAAUCAAGAAGAGCAGAGAUCAGAUCAAGAAGGAACGGAUCGAACGACAACUCAAGGAAAUGGAUCAAGCCAAGAAAUCUCAAGUAAAUUUUCGUGCCAAGGACCGUGCUUCCGAACUCAAGUUUGGUUGCUUUGAGAUUGUACUUGCCGCCAAGGAUUUGAGUGCUACUUUGCCGCAUGAAAAAUAUUUGGUGGGCCGCUUGGAGGAAGACGUUUGGAUGGGAUCUGAUCCUAAUUCCGAUUUGAUGAUUUCCUGGUACAACUAUAACACUGACACCAAAGUGUGGGAGUCGGAAGACGCCGUGGAUCAGUUGCCCGUUGGAUCUUUGGUUUGUUCCAUUAACAAAUUCGCCAAGGAAGACGUUGAUGAGGAGAACUACGAAAUUCUCAAGAUAAAAGAUGAAACGGCUGCUUUUGAGUAUGCCGACAAGAAAUUGGAUGAACAGUUGGGAGAAGAUUACAAUUCUGACGACGAUAGCCAGUUUGGUGAUGUAGCUGUCUCGAGGCGUCUCGCUUAUUCCAACAUUUCCGGCGUUAUCAAGAAGCAAAAGAUGGGUUCCAUCAAAAUGGAAGACGAUGGCGACGGUGGUGAUGAUAAUGUUACUGGUGCCAAGAAGAAACGCAAACGUGCAUCUGGUGGUGGUGCCAAGAAGAAGGCACGUAGUUUGAAGGGUUUGACGCCACGACCCAACUUAGCAGGAUCUAUCAACAAAGAUGGAUUCUUGGCCAAGACGGGAAAGAUUGCUAACUUUGAUGGUGAUGUCGAGCGUACGAGCAAGGAGGUAGUGCGUGCCGUCAGAUCUGGCGACAAGAAGGCGUUGAAGGCUUGCUUGAAGUCGAACAAGAUUGCGGACAUUUGGCAUUAUCAAUCAGUGGCGUUGCCAUUCCCUCCCAUGAUAUUGGCCAUUGCCCAAGGUGACAAGGAAAUGGUGGAAAUCUUCCUUAAGGAACUGAACGAUAAAGACAAGCCACAACGUGAAAGCUUUCAGAACUGUUCCUUGCCGACUUUAUCCACUGGAGAGAUAUCUGGUCGACAUGCUAACUACAACCGACGACAAGUUGGAGCAUCCAGAGGGGGUCGCGAAGGCAACAACGCCUUGCUGUAUGAUACCAGUGGUACUCGAUACAAGAUGAACGGCAAGUACAUUCGAGAUAAUUGGUUCCCAAAUAUCAUUGCGAAGCAUACGAUUGAUGCCCACCAAUGGAACCUUCAUCGUGAUUUUGAUGAGCUUUCAGAUGACAUACUCGACCUGGCCGAGGUCAAAUUUGAUCGAACCUUCAUGAACAACACUGGGGCAUUGGAUGACAUGGUUCGCGGAGGUCAUCGCAAGAACGCUGAACGCAUAAUCAAGGCCAAGGCAGAGCAUACUUUCCACGCCAAUGAAUUCAACUUUUUGCAUCUGGAAUCAUUGGGUGAUGAACCUUCAAAGGAGACUGCUGAUCCAUCAAAGAACCCGUUUUCCAAGGACAUUCUGGCAAGGUCUGUGAUCAAGAAGGCCCAAACAAGUUCUCAGUUUACUCCAUUGGCUUGUGCUUGUAUCAAUCCAAAUGUCAUCUUUUUGGAAGCACUUUUGACAGCUGCACCCGAACAUGCCCAUACGAAAGAUCUUAAGGAGACAACACUAGUUCACUACGCUGCCGCUUGCGAAGAACCUGGACCUUUGUCUUACUUGUUGGAGACUCACAGCUUGUCAAAGACAGCGAUAGACAAACAGAAGUACACUCCUCUUCACUUUGCAGCCCGAGCUGCUCGUCCCAAGAAUAUUGAAGUGUUGUUAAAGGAUGCCGACGACGAACAAAAGAAAUCAAUGCUAUCAGCAAAGUCAGUUCUAGGAUACGCUGCAAUUCACUACGCCGUCCAAACUCGUCGAAAGGAUCGUAUUGCAACACUUCAAGCAUUGAUUGACGCUGGUGCAGAUGUCAAUAUGGCAUCAACAGCGGCUCGAAACAAGGUAAUGCCCGUUCAUAUUGCUGCAGCGAUGGGGGAUUUGGAUGCAUUGAAACUUCUUGUGAAACACGGUGGGAAAAUUAUCAAGGGAGACAAGCUCGGUCGUACCCCAUUGAUCCAUGCCUGUAUCAAUGGGCAAGCACAUGUUGUUUCCUACCUGUUGAUGGAAGGUGCUAGUGUCGAAACAACUGAUAGCAGUGGCAACUUCCCGAUGCACUUUGCGGCUGCAUAUGGAUGGUUAGAUUGUGUGAAAUUGUUGCAAGCAGCAGGAGCCAACCCUGACGCCAAGAAUUCGUGGAAAACGUCGCCAUUGUCGGUGGCGAUCCAGAAGGGACGCCAUCAGAUAUCGUCUCAUUUGUUGAACUUGCCUCAAGUCGAUGUGAAUUUUAGGGAUGAUGAUGGUAAGACUUUAUUCACGAAACUAGCAGAGGCCUACAUCAGCACGACCUUAAUGACAUCGAAGGAGGACGGGAGCGAUAUUGAAGCGAUUCGAAAGGAACUGCCACAUGAUUUGCAGAGGCUUCUAGAACGUGACGAUCUGGAUGUGACAGCAACAGAUGGAGAGGGAAGGAAUCUGCUUCAUGUUUUAUGUGAACUCAGGACUCUUUCGAAUGAUGCGAGCACGUUGUCUGAGCAACGCGCCGUUGCACUGGCCAAGCUUGUCAUUGAAGUCGCCGAAAAGAACAAGCAAACGGUUGCCAGCUUUGACAUUAAUUUGCAAGAUGCGGAGGGCAUGGCACCGAUUCUACAUGCCGCUGUGAAUGGGAAUUUCGGGUUUUUCGAGUUCCUCUUGGAACUCGGUGCAAAAUUGGAUGAAACGAUUGCUGAUAAAGGAGGAAAGAACAUUUGUCACCAUUUGAUUGGGAAAAAACCGCACGAUUGCAAGGAUCAGCUGGCCUUUCUGGAAGAGAAGGUUGACAAAGAGACGUACUUGAAACUACUCUCAACUCCCGACAGCAGUGGCUUCAAUGCAGUUCACAGAGCAUUUUUAUUUGCUGUUGAAGACCUCAGUAAUCCUUCAGAUUUUGAGAAAGCGAUGAAUCUAUUGAAGGACACUCUAACGGAAAACAACGACCUGGCAGUCAUCAAGGUUGCUGAAACAAAAUGCUUUAAUGAUCCAGGUCAGUUGGCAGAGAUCAUAGUGUCCACGGCUGAUGAGGACAAUUAUAUGCAAAGCAAGAGAGAUCGCAUUUGGCGUCUUCGGAACAAUCGCAGGAACAAUGGCGACAAGAGUUCAGAGGAGGCCAGUGACGAGAUAUUGUCUGAGGACGACCGAGUUUCACCGAAAAAAAUCAAACAAGCCUUGAAACAGUGGAAGACGGCAGUACCUGUCACAAGCAUUGCAUAUGGGAAAUCAUUGAUCCAUCUUGCUUGUGAAUUGAAGUAUCCAGAACGAAUGAAGGCUGUUUUUGAAUGGUUGGUCCCAUUGUCGAAAGAUGUUAUCACAGAGCGAGGAGGAGGAUACCCUGACGCAAAGACCCCUCUGGAACUCCUGAUGUAUGAUCGUAUGUCAGGAACCUUGGUCAGUACUGUGGCAACAGACAAACGUGAUGAGCUGCUGGUAAAAUUUGUUGAUAGCAUCGAGCUGUUGGGUGAAGAAUCUUUUGGCGGAAUCAAUGUGGACGCACAGCGUCUCUUCAACAGUGAGAAGGAAAGAGUCGCGCAUGAAAAGGCCUAUACAAAGGAGAUGGACGAAGAAGCCGUCAAAGGAGUUGUGCGUUUGGCAACAUCGUUCAUCAGACUGAAGGAGAAAGCGGCGACACAAAAUUACGGUUCAAAUAAUAUGGAUGUUGACAACAGCGAUACUGAUGAUAUUGAGAAUGUUGGGCAAGAUCUAGUGGAAGCCUUCAAGGAUAUCAUGACAAAAAGAUUGACCCGGAUCAAGGCUACUUCCAGUAGCAAAAGUGUUCGCGAGCCAAUCACAACUAUGCUUGCCCGCUGUGGCUCGAGUUCCAUCCCUGUUGGAAUUUGGAAAUUGUUGGUUGAAAAGUUCAACAUAAAUUUGGAAAGAAUCGAUUCGAACGGCGAUACGGCAUUGCACAUCAGCCUGCGUCAAAAUGACAAACCAUUAUCCAAGUAUCUUUGCGAGGUGAAACCUGGUCUGACUAGCCAAGCAAACAACAAUGGGGAAAGGCCAAUCCAUAUCGCCGCGAAGGGCGACAAUCCAAAGUUGGUCCGAAUGCUUCUGGAUUACGUUUCCAAUAAAAAAGAGGAAGUGAACAUUGUCGAUAAGUCUGGUCGGACAGCAUAUCACUACAGCGUUGAGAUGGCAGCAAAACGAUCUGGAGAACAUUUGGACCCUUGCGAAAUAAUCUUCCUUCGCGCAGGUGCCCGACUUGAUGUCGCAGAUUUCGAGAACAGGCGCACACCGUUGCAUUACGCUUUUUUGGAAAGUGCCUCGUCUGAGCAUUUCGAUUUCCCUCACUGCCUUUCGAAUGAUCACCAUGAUCGGGUCGAUUUGGUCAGUUCAUUGCUUGCCUCAGAGGGAGCGGACAAGGCUGCUAACUUGAUCGAUAAGCAAGGGCGCACCCCGUUAUUUUAUGCUGCAGCUUACAAUUCGACAGUGUCGAGCCUGCUGUUGGUUUCAAAAGGGGCGAGCCUUUUUGAUACUGAUCAUGAUGGUAACACGCCUGUCAAUGUUGCAAUAUUAAGGGGUCAUGACAGUUAUGCAAUCACUAUGCUGAAGAGUAUGCCCAUCAUCCCCGAGCUUGCCGACGUAGUCGACAUCCGAAGGACGAAGAAGGAGAAAGAUGAAGAGCCCGGGGGGAGGGAAAUCGUUAUCACCUCGAGGAGAAAGAAAUCGAUUGUUUGGCAUGCAAUCAAGAAGAACUUCCGCGGCCUUGUUUAUCUUCUGCUUGACACAAAGUUCUCUUUGUAUCAGGCUGCAGUCGACGCAAUCGAGCUUGAGGCCUUCCAACUGGUCCGAAAGCUCUUUCAAACAAGCCCAUGCGAAGUUCUUCAGCGCGUAGCGCCCUCAAGUGGUCACUCGUUGUUGCACUGCAUUGCCGCAGUAAAGCAAUUCACAAAUGCUGAAUGGGGAACAACGCUUGCAGAGUUUCUGCUGUCGUCUGCCGUUUCACCUUCGCUGAUUUGUAAAGAUGGGCAAUCGGCUCUUCAUAUCGCUGCUGGAAAUGGGCAUCAAGAUCUCAUUAGGAAAUUGGUGGAAGCUGACAGCACCAUGCUCACGGUGAAAGAUAACGACGGGCAUCUUCCAUUUGGGCGAUUCAUGAGAUUCUUGCCGAACUUUUCCCAUGGGCAAACCAAUGACGAUUGUAUCGACAUAUUCCAUUCUCUCACCAGGGAUGCUGAGCUGAUGCGCAAUGAUGACUUCAAUCAAAUUCCAAAAUCUAAAGCUGACAAGACUGAACUCGUAUACGAGCCCAACGCCUUGACUGCAGGACCAAACACUAAGAUGGUUCUUGAUGAAAUCAAGAAACGACAAAGCGAACCCAAGAAAGAGUCAAGUGAGGAAGAUUCACUGUCGAGCAUAAUUGAAGGUCACUCGACGGUUAUCAUCCAAGCACUUAAGGCUAAGAAGUAUGAGUUCGCUCAAGAGGUGAUAAAGCAAGGUGCUUCGAUGGAGAUGGCAGAUUCUGAUGGCUUUAACCCAUUGCAUCAUGCUGUUUUGGAUUGCAACAUUGAAAGUGUACAAUUGCUUCUUCGAAACGGAGCGGAUGUCGAUGCCAAAACUGAAAAUGAGCAAAGCAUAACUCCCUUGGCAAUUGCAAUCAUCGCAAAUGGAAAUUUAGGAUCGUCUCAACAGAGUCGGAAAAUGGUGGGGGUGCUGGUUCAACAUGGGGCUGAUGUUAGCGUUUCUUGUGGGCUGAUGAAAGCAACGGCACUUCAUUUCGCUAUUCGAGAGAAUGAUUUGGAGCUUGUCAAAUUACUUUUGCGUGCAGCCCAACACAGUUCUUGCAAGCUUUCUUCGAAGAAGAAUUUCAGCCGUCCAAAUCGCUUGGCCCUUGUUCGAUUCAAGGGAGACUGCGUUCUGUAUCCUGGUGUAUUUUCCGAGGAAUCAAUCCAAAUUUUUGAACCAACAAAACGUCGGGUUCCAAUUGAACGGGUCGCAGAAUCCUUCUCAACUACUGAUCUUGAACUGGACUCUCUCAGAGCUCUUCAAGCAAUGAAUAUGAUCAUCAAUGACAAUGGGAUAGCCGACCAAACCACAAAUCAAAGCAUUUCUGGAGAAUUGUUGAAUGAAUCUGAUGAGGACGCCUCUGAUGAAGACCUUUCUGAGGGCUCGGAUGAUUCCGGCGAUGACAUGUUGAUGGAGCUAGAAAAAGAGGAAGCCCAAGAAGACAACGACCAAGGCACAUCGGAUCCAAACCACAAACCCAUCCCAGAAGCAACCUUGAACAAAUACUAUGGUGUCGAAGCGCUGCUGGUUGGGGCCACGAGUAAAAAUUUGACAAAACCCAUUUUGGAAGGUUCAAGUGUUAUUGUUCAGCCAUCGCAUUCGGAUACUUUCUACGCCAAGUCCAAACAGGUUUGGGUUGAAGGACAGAUUGUAAAACAAUGGAAGAACGGCACCUAUGAUAUUGACUUGUUCAGGGGACCAGUGCUAUCAAGUAUUCCACGACAACUCAUUCGGCCAUGGAAGAAGAAGGCAAAAUUGACUUGGCCAUUGGACGAAAGUGGAGCGUCGGAGAUGACAAAGAAAGUAUUGACAUCCGCAGACGAAAACGGCUGCACAGUCAUGGGACUUGCAGUGAAACCUGUUUCUCAUGGCUCUUACGAGAACAUUGCGCUUGUAGAUGAACUCGUGAAGUAUGGUGCAGCAGUUGAAAUGGACCAACUCCGACCUGGUUCCAAGUUUGCGAAACAUCUUUCAUUUAUAUCUGGCGGUUCGACAAUGGACAUAUCUGAUCAUGAUGUUGAUGGCGGUGAAGAUGUUAUAGAGUCUCCUCCAGGACUGGAGCCAAUAUCAUCGAGUGAACUGGAGAAGGCUUCGCAAGAUGCUUUGAUCAUUUUGGAGAAAAAAGGCAUUUUGCAAAAGAAAAAAUCGGCUCCUGAAAUUCUUCCUGUAUGCGAAACGAAGGCCGCUGGGAGGCGCGUACUUGCUGUUGAGACGAAUGGAGGUGUAGAAGAGGACUAUUUCACCGUCAUCAUGGCAAAGGUUGAAACUUCUCACUACGGAUACCAGCACAGUGAAAACAAAUAUUACAAAAUGCAAGUCAUUGAGGAUCCAGUGAAGGGCUUGUUUGUUCUUGUCACAAACUGGGGCAUGGUUGGAGACUAUGGUGGACAAAAGCAAGAAACUCCUUUCAGCACAAGGGCAGAAGCAGAAAAGGAAUUCGCGAAGAUCUUCAAGUCAAAAUCUGGGAAUCCUUGGGAUGAUUACUUGGCAGGUAGCUUCGAGCCAAAAGUUGGUAAAUAUAAGCCUGUGAAGAUCUUGCCGAAGAAUUACGAGAAGCCAGAGCUUCCGGAUAUUGCAAGAAUGGUUGCUUGCGGUGACGAUGGUAUGGAUUUGAUGGAAGAGUACAAGGAUGUCGUCAAGAACAGCAUUCUUUCAUCUGAAUUAGAUGAGACCAUCAAGGCAUUCGUCAAUCCAAAGGACAUGUCCAGUGCCGCAAAUCAUCUCGGAUUAGCACAGGAAAGACUGCCACUGGGCAUGAUCUCUGUCGAGAUGGUCCUCAAGGCAGAAGAGCAGCUACAGAAGAUUGAGAAAGCCUUGGUUUUGUUAGAAAACGAGAAAGAUUUGCAAAAGAAGCGCAAGUGCCAAGACGAUGUCGCUGUUCUGUCUAGCGGGUUCUUUGAGAUGCUUCCAACUAAGGAGGGAGACAAGGUCCUAGCACCGCUCGAUCGCAAGACUUUUGAGGAAGAGCGAAAGCAUAUUGCAAGUUUGAAAGAUCUGACUGUUGCAUCACAAAUCAUCAAGACAGCAGCUGUCAUGUCAGACAAAGUGAACCCCUUGGAUUAUUGCUACAGAGCAAUGAAUGCAACGAUGAAACCUGUUGACGAAGAUAGUCCAGAGCGACGUGGUGUGGAACAGUACUUCCGGAACACGGCAAACAACGACAAUUUGGUCAUCAACCAAGUGUAUCAUUUGCGUCGCAACGACGAAAAAAGCAACAAGUCUAUGGACAAUCGACGACUUCUAUGGCACGGUACACACGUAUGCAACAUGAUGGGAGUUAUUAAGGAAGGUCUUCGUGUUGCUCCUUCAACCGCUCAGAUUGCUGGAAAUGCCUUUGGAGAUGGAGUUUACUUUGCUGAUAUGGUUUCCAAGUCUUGGCACUACUGCCGGGCCAAUUUCGACAGCGACGCAAAGGUAAUGCCAAAGGCAUACAUGUUCUUGGCUGAUGUUGCACUGGGCAAACAAGACAAGGUCACGCUUCCAAACUGGGGCGAUUCUCCAGCAGCACCUGAUGUCGAUUCUGUUUGGGCAAUCGGUUAUGAAGGACCUGAUGUUGAAAAGGACUUUGUUUUCGCCAGGCAGGGUACGGUGUUUCCGUUGGGACCCGUUUGCCGCAGCCCAACCUUUGAGCAGCGCUCCAUCUGGAAGCGUGGAUACCGUCAUUUGCCCAAAGAAAUGAUUGGUGCAAUCGAAAAAGCCCGAACCGAUAAGGAAUCAGAGUUUCCAGUUACAGUUCGAACACAAGACGGGGACAAGAAACCUGUCGAUGUAACUCUGUCGUAUGGAAAAGGAACCUAUGAAGCAAUAGUUCGUUCGGUCAAAGAAAAGAAGAAGAAAACGAGAAUAGCCAUGGAGGAUGGCGAGAACAACGAUAAUGCAGAGGAUGGGUCUGAAGAUGAAGAAGAUGAGCCAUACCAGGAGAAGGAAUAUGGCAUCACCCGCAAGACCGAGUCCUUAGGAUCACACAUUCAACAUAACGAGUAUGUUGUAAUGAAUCCAGAUCGAAUCAAUCUUCGAUACAUUGUGGAAGUUACUAGCCGACAAUGGUUGGAGAACCAAGCGACGAAGAAGAGCUAG